AUGGCAGCAGUCGAAGUUCCAAAGUGGUUAACAUCUAUACUCGACGCCAACUUCCAUGAUCCAUGCAAAGAACAUAAAGACAAAGAGAAUACCCAUUUCUGCUUGGAUUGUAAUGGCAAAGUGCUUUGUAAAACUUGUAAAACUCAGAGCAGCAUGCAUGCAGGUCACAAAGUUCUACAGGUGUACAAAGCUUCGCAUCGAGCUGUUCUUCGGAUUCAAGACAUUGGUUUACUAUUCGACAUCUCCGAUAUCCAUCCUUACAGUAUUAAUUCUUACUCUAUAGUCUUUCUUCGUCCAAGAAUAAAAGAAGCAAAUCAUGCCAAAAGCUGUAUGAUGGAUUUAAGCACGCUGGCAGCUCAUGGAUGUGCAAAAACUGAGGUAAUUUCAUCUUCAUUCACCAGAGAAAAGGGUAAUAGAUUCACUGUUUUCGCUUCUAGAGAUGGAGAUCCUCCCAAACUGACCCAGAUGCUUUCGUCUUGA